CUGUCAAGGGGUUCCCGGCAUCUGGCUGUUGGCUCAACAUGGCCGCCGUUGCCAACGAGGGCGCAGUCCUCGUGACUCUCAAGUAUUUGUAUCCAGCUGCUGUCUUUCUCUAUUUCCUCGCCUCGUCUCUCGUGGCUACCUGCACUCUGCAAACUCUCAAGAAGAGUCAGAAUGCCCGGCCGGAGCGUCCUGGUCGAAAGGCCGUUAUCUCCAUACUCGGAUUCUUUCUGUCGACCUACGUUGUUCAACUAAUCAUCCUCGGCACUCAAUCUAUCGUCGAAAGAGCUGCUCCCCUCGAGCAUCAGGUUAUCAACUAUUUGUCAUGUACUCUCGUCUUCGGUAUCCUCUUCAUUCAGCUUCUUGAAUCCGACACCAUCGUAUGGUAUCCUUUCCUCCUCGGCCUGAGACUUGCUUCGCUCCUCACUCUAGCAGUAUGGACAUGCCUUGGCAUCUGGACGAAAGCCCACCCCCCAGCGACAGAUCAGGAAAGACAAUCUCUUUUGCCAAAGCCCAAUGGAGAUCAAUCCGACACUCAAGCCGCUGCUGGAAAGCCUGGCAACACUUCUUCCUAUGGAUCAACAACACAAAGCGAAACCACGUCCGACCCAGAGUACAAUUGGGAAAGGAGAGAAAGAGAAGCCCGUGAAAGCAUGGAGAAGAGGCUUGAAGAAGUCGGAAACUGGUGGCAAUACGCGAAGGGCUUCGCGAUCCUGUUCCCCUACAUUUGGCCGGUAGGAAACCGUACUUUACAAUUGCGAGCGGCAGCCGUCAUGUUAUGCCUUCUCAUUUCGAAUGCGCUGCAUCUGCUCAUUCCUCGGCAAACCGGCAUCAUCAUGGACACCCUUGGUGAUGCAUCUGGCAGUCCCUGGGCAGCCAUCCUGGGUUUCGCGUUACUCCGACUGGCAGCUUCUGAGUCUGGGAUUGAGCUUGUCCGUCAGUGGCUCUGGAUACCUGUCAAAUACUAUUCUCAGGAUGCCUUGACUCGCGCGUCUUAUUCCCAUAUGAUGAACCUUUCGGCUGAUUUCCAUGACUCUAAGAGCUCAUCCGAUAUGCUGAUGGCCAUUCAGGGCGGCUAUGCCGUCUCAAACGCAAUCGAAAACAUUCUCCUCUCUGCCGUCCCUAUGCUGGUCGAUAUGUGCGUCGCAAUCGUUUACCUUUCCAUUACUUUCGGUCCGUACGAAGGCCUAAUAACCGUGGCCACCGGAACCGUCUUCAUCAUGUUCGCAACCCGCCUCGUCGCUGAAUCCAAGUCGGCCAGCCGCAAACGCGUCAACGCCAUAUACCAGGAGCAUUACAUUCGGCACUCUGGGCUGGUCGGGUGGCAGACAGUCAGCGCCUUCAACCAGAUUGGCUUUGAGGACAACAAACAUGCCAACGCAGUGACGAACCGAUGGCUUAAGGAGCAGCAGUAUGUGAUGAGUUGGUUCGUUUCCAUCGCAUUUCAGACGACUGUUCUCACUGCGGGCCUCAUGGCAAGUGCCUUUCUUGCCGUCUUCCGUAUUCACAAUGGACAGGCGACACCGGGACAGUUUGCGAUGCUUCUCAUGUAUUGGGCCCAGCUCACCGCACCGCUGCAGUUUUUCGCCAGGCUAGGCAAGAGCAUGAGUGAUAACUUCAUUGAUGCGGAACGCCUCUUGGCCGUCAUGAAGACCAAACCUACGGUUCAGAACAAGAAGAAUGCACGACCACUCAAGUUUGUAUCUGGGGAGGUUGUGUUCGAGGAUGUCUGCUUCAGCUAUGAUAAGCAGAAGAAUAUCAUCAACGGCGUCAGCCUGCAUGUCCCCGCGGGACUCACAGUGGCCUUUGUAGGGGCAACUGGAGCGGGUAAAUCGACUCUUCUCAAGCUCUUGAACAGGUUCUACGAUGUCACAGGGGGCAGUAUCCGGAUCGACGGAGAAGAUAUUCGCGAUGUCGAUCUCUUCAGUCUGCGUGAUCGUGUUGGAAUCGUUCCUCAGAGUCCCAUUCUCUUUGACGACACCAUCAUGAACAAUGUGCGCUAUGGCAGAAUCACAGCAAGUGAUGAAGAAGUGUUUGAAGCGUGCAAGGCCGCCAGCAUUCAUGAUAAGAUCUUGACUUUUACAAAUGGCUACGAGACGCGGGUUGGCGAACGAGGAGUGAAACUGUCUGGCGGAGAGCUCCAGCGUGUGGCGAUUGCCCGGGCCAUCUUGAAGAAGCCUGACAUUGUGCUUCUAGAUGAGGCUACAAGCGCGGUUGACACGGAUACCGAGCAGCAGAUUCAGCGUUCUUUCAAAGAGCUCUGUCAGGGCCGCACUACCUUCAUCGUGGCUCACCGGCUCUCCACCAUCAUGAACGCGGACCGCAUUGUCGUCGUUGAAAAUGGUAAGAUCAUCGAGCAGGGCACUCACGAUGAGCUCAUCAUUACCAACGGGCGAUACGCGGAUCUGUGGUCGAAGCAAGUCUUCUUGAAGCCGCAGGACGAUGACUCCGCCAAGGUAUCCGAUGAUGCGAAGACUCUUGCCAACGAUUCCUGCUCCGAGAGAACGUCCACUGAGCCGUGCGAGCCGCAAGACGAAAGCUCGCCCGCUAAAGUGGUCCAAGAAGGCGAUGUCAAGGUAGUGCAAGAAAGCAAUGGCAAAGCAACACGAGAGAGCGAUGGCAAAGGGUCCCGAUUGAAUCCAGUGGCCCCUGAAUUCACCCCUCGGUCCAUGGCAGCAACCGCGACGAACGCCUCUAGCAAAUCGACCCCUGCAGCAUAUCCGAUUGUCUCUUCGACCAUUGGCAAGACUGGGACUUAGGCAGUCACAGGCCACCCAAGCAAACUACGAUGGUCCGACGAAGUGUCCAUCAUAGAUGAACGCGGGAUGAACAGUAC